GAUACCAAAACCGGCCUCCAGCAACCCUGGGACAAGCAGAGACAUUAUAGUCCGAUUCCAACAAACACAAGACAGAUUGGCGUUCGUGGCUGCAAUCCGCAGCAAAUCUCCUCUGCGCUUGGAGGAACACACCCUUGCCUUUUAUCCUGACUUGUCCAGAGCCACU